AUGUAUACCGGGUUUAAGAAUGAUCGUCGUUUCGGUGAAGAUUUGGCGAUGGAGAUACUACAAAGGUUACCUGUGAAACCGUUGUUGCGAUUCAAAUGCACGAGCAAGAAUUGGUACAGUCUUAUUAAUAGCCAUAUGUUGAUUGGUAAACAGUUGAAUUAUCAUGAAAGUAAGAAUAAACUGAAAAUGUUAAUUCAUAGCCAUGAUGACAUUCCCAGAGUCGACAUAAUUUCGAAUUCGGAAGGAACCCCUGUAAUUGAAAAUGCUGAUCAUCUGUCGAGUUUUCUUGCUAAUACAUAUCUUAUGGGAGGCCAUGUGAAUGGCGUGUUUUUAUUUCAAAAAGGAUGUGGUGGAUCUGAUUGUAGAAUGGGAUUGUGGAAUCCUGCAACAAGGGGGGUAAAGAUCUGA